AUAACGGAACGCAGUCUCUGUUUGAGCGUCUCUAGCGCCUAGCUCUGGCCAUUGAAAUCAGACUGGUGGCCGCUCUUAUGCUUUUCUCUGGUUUGUAGCUUUAAAUGAAUCUCGUUCUUAGACAGUUGUGGACUGUGUAGAAAGAGAAGAGUAGAGAACUACUAUGACAAUUCACAAUUUAUAUAUCUUCUCGAAAACCGGUACGUUAUUGUAUUAUGCGGAAUGGAACAGACUAAAUAAGUCGGGAAUAACAAAAGAAGAGGAAGCGAAGUUAAUGUAUGGAAUGUUGUUUUCCAUAAAAUCAUUUGUAAGUAAAAUCUCACCGUUGGAUCCUAAAGAAGGAUUUUUGUAUUACAAGACAAGUAAAUAUACACUUCAUUACUUUGAAACACCAUCAGGACUUAAGUUUGUCUUAAAUACUGAUAAUGCCAGUCAGAAUGCCAGAGAAUUGUUACAGCAAUUAUACAGAGAAGUGUAUCUGGAAUAUGUAGUAAAGAAUCCACUCUGCCAAUUAAAUGGACCUAUACAAAGUGAAUUGUUCAAAAUAAAAGUGGAUGAACUAUUUAAAAAAUCACCUUUGUUUCUAAGUCGAUCGUUAUAGGUUAUAAAAAAAAAUAUAAGAUAUUUUUAUAUAUAAAAAUGUAUAGACUCCCUGAUAUUUAAUUAAAUAAUACUAAAUAUUAUUUAAGUAUAUGUUACCAUUUAUAGUUUUUUUAUUAUUAUAGAACAGUGAUGCAAAAAAUGAAAAUUAUGAAACUUUGUUAUUAAGUUUUGGUUUUAAUAUUUUUUAAUUGCAAUUUUUAAAGUUAAAUGUUUUCACAUCUUUAGUCUGUUGUAGCCGUUUAUUUCGCUUUUUAUAUACAUUUGUUACAUUGGUAUGUAAAAUGAUAAUAGUGCAUUAUUUAAACAAUAUUUCUGUGCUGUACAAUACUUUUAAUGAUAGGCUAGUACAGGCAAAGUAAAACAUGUAUCCUUACAUAUUACUUGUAAAUGCCAGCAUUCUAAUCACAUUUUAAGUAAUAAUUCUAAAUAAUAUUUUCAUUUCCUGUUGAUAUGAUAGAGUGAUCAUAAUAAAGUAGUGUGAUCGGCAUUUGGAAAGUUAUGUAUAUUUUUCUCACAAUGCAUUUCUUAAGCAAUAUUGUUAAAGUAUUGUUACUCUUACUAUAAUUGUAUAAUUUAAUAAAUUUUAUUACAUAUGCUUGAACCUCAA